CUUGUCCAAGAACACCUCUUGAUGACUUUCUCACCGCUGGCUGUCACAUCUGGACUCUUUUCUUUGACUUAACUUGUAGGUUGGAAUAUUGGACCAGCGAUUCCUAACAUCCUUCUCUAGUUAAUUGUAUUUAUUCCGAUUUUUUUUUUUUUUUUUAUAAUUUUUUUUUUUUUUACUUUUAGUUUUUGGAUUUGGACUUUUUUACUGGCACAAAACGGGAAAAUGGAAAACUCAGUCAGAGUGACAUGUAUUUUGUUUUUUAUCUGUCUCCUUGACAAAAGGGCAGACGCCAAUGAAAUCUUAGGCCUGAAGCUCCCCAACAUCGACCCGAUUCUGAACGCCAACACGGUGUGCCUGACGCUGCCAGGCUUGACUCGGCGCCAGCUGGAGGUGUGCAUGCGCAACCCUGACGUGACGGCUUCAGCCAUCCAGGGAAUCCAGAUUGCUAUCCACGAGUGUCAGCACCAGUUCAGAGGGCACCGGUGGAACUGUUCCAGCCUGGAGACGAGGAACAAAAUACCUUAUGACAGCAUCGUCUUCAAAAGAGGUUUUAGAGAGAGCGCCUUCGCAUACGCCAUAGCAGCAGCAGGUGUGGUGCACGCCGUGGCCAACGCCUGCUCCAUGGGCAAACUGAAGGCCUGCAGCUGUGACGAGAAGCGCCGCGGCGACGAGGAAGCCUUCCGCAUCAAACUUCACCGCUUGCAACUGGAGGCCAUCAAUCGAGGGAAGGGAAUGGUACACGGCGUCAUGGAGCACUUCCCUGCCGAGCUUCCCGGACCCCAGGACUCCUGGGAGUGGGGUGGCUGCAGUCCUGAUGUGGAAUUCGGAGAAAAAUUCUCACGGGACUUUCUGGAUGCCCGUGAGACCUACAGAGACAUCCAUGCUCGAAUGAGGCUUCAUAACAACCGAGUUGGCAGACAGGUGGUGCUUGACCACAUGAGGAGAAAAUGCAAGUGUCACGGGACAUCGGGAAGCUGUCAGCUAAAGACUUGCUGGCAGGUCACGCCCGAAUUCCGCGUGGUCGGCUCCAUCCUCAAAGAGCGCUUCCACAUCGCCACACUUAUCAAGGCCCACAACCGCAACACCGGGCAGCUGGAUCACUCCCACCACAACAACAACAACAACAACUACCACAGCAACCACCACCACCACCACCAUCACCACCACCACCACCACCAUCACGCGCACCGCCGGAGGCCGAGCAUCAACGACCUGGUCUACUUUGAAAAGUCGCCGGAUUUCUGCGAGCGGGACCUGGGUUCGGACUCGGCGGGAACGCAGGGCCGGAUUUGCAACAAGACCAGUCCGGGCAUGGACAACUGUGAGACUCUGUGCUGCGGGAGAGGCCACAACAUCCUGCAGCAGACGCGCAGCGAACGCUGCAACUGCAAGUUCCACUGGUGUUGCUACGUGGUGUGCGAAGAGUGCAGGAUCACAGAGUGGGUCAGCGUGUGCAAAUGAAGAAGCACUGGAAAAGUCCAAACAAGGGAAAUACAAACUCAACAUCAAGAUUAUUGACCGGGAAAAAAAGGGGUCUGUGACUGGGACAUGUGUGCCCCGGCUCCAUUUUUACCGCGGAGCUCCAUGUUCUGUUUGGCUUUGCGGGACAGAGAGGCGGAAAUGUGCCAAGUCGGCAGAAAUGUGCAUGUUGAAAAGUGUGUGCACAUGCAGUGCAAGCCCAAAGCUGUCACAACUCUGCAAGCAUGGAUGUUUUGCAUUGCUUUUGAUACAAAGAAGCACACUUUCUAUCAAGCAAUAAAAGGAAAACCGCGGCACUGCACAUAGGGACUGCUCUACGAAACCCUUUCUUCACAAACAAUAACAGCAUAAACAACAUAGUACAUAACAUUUUCAUGGUAUUCUAUUGACAUAUUGUACAUUAGCAAACAGACUGUUUCAGCAUGAGCAUGCCUGGAGCACGGAGAUGUCAGGCCAAAUUUAAGGGCACUUAAGAAAUAUAAUGUUUGUGGUUUUUAUGUUGUUGUUUUUAAUGUAUUUGCCUUGGACAGUCCAUACUUGUAUCAGUAAAUAUUAUCAUGACGUACACACCAUCUAUAAACGUUUCUAUAAAUCAGGCAUUUGGGUUAGGUCAGAAUUUACAACAUUUGAUCCCCCGGGUGUUGCGUUCCCAGACCAACUGUGAAUAGUGGACAAAAAAGUAAGUACCCGUAUUUUUCGGACUAUAAGUCGCAGUUUUUUUCAUAGUUUGGCCGGGCUCCAGUGCGACUUACACAUGUUUUUUUCCUUCUUUAUUAUGCAUUUUCGGCAGGUGCGACUUAUACUCCGAAAAAAUAAAAAUAUCUAUUUUUCACACACGGCUCGCUGCUCCCCCUCCAAACUCUCCUAGGUAGGUAGGUAGGUCUUUAUUGUCAUUGCACAAGUACAACAAAACUUUGUUUUCAGCACAAACUCGUUCAAGAUUAGACAAACAAACAGUGUACAGGGCAGUGGUUCUUAACCUCGUUGGAGGUACCGAACCCCACCAGUUUCAUUUGCGCAUUCACCGAACCCUUCUUUAGUGAAAAAUAAAAUGUUU